CUCAAGUCAGUUUCCAGGAAGGCCACGCCCCCCACGCCCGCACCACAUGACCGGGCGGGGGGGGCGGGGGUGGAGGGGGAAGUGGUUCUCUAAUUGACGUCACGAGCGGAAGGUCAGGGUUGCCUCAGUAGAGGAAGUGAGAGUGCGAGGCCCUGUCCGCCAUUGUGGAGAAGAGCGAGCCCCGUCCAGAGCAAAGAGUCAGAGCCGGGCACGGGGGGGGCGGCGCGAGGUGAGCCAUAGAAGAGGCCGCGGCGGGCCCACCGGACACACAAGCCUUCCUCUGUCGGUGUACCGGGGGGGUGGGAGGAGGACAGAGCGGCCGCGGGAUCCUAUCGGUGGGGGAACCUCCCGAGCUCCGAAUUAGCGCUCUAACCCGCCGUGCCCGCGCGCCACCCGCAGCCGGACACCCUGCGUCACCCUGCGUCACUCUCCGCGCUGUGAGCAGUAUUCCCAGUGCCCAUAGACAGCGCCAGCAAGGGAGGACCUCACGGCGGCCCCCCACCACCACCACCAUCUCUGGCUGUGCGGGAGAAUGUCUGCGACCAGCGUGGAUCAGGUAAGCACCCCGGGGGGCCCAGGCCGGCCCACACUGCGGGGCCACAUCCUGCCGGCUCUGCGUGCCACAUGUAAACAACUUGCUGCUCAGCUCCAUGGUAAUUGCAUGUUGUCCUGGAUCUGGGGAAGCCAAACAUAGAUCAGCAGAUGUGGAGUAUUACACCCCCACUCCCAUGGUGGCUUUACAAGUUAAAAUCUGGCAAGCCAUCCAUGUGAGGGAUAAACAUAUGGGGACCUAGCUUUGAUUUUAGCCUGAUUUUUAGAUAUGGUAUGUCCCCCCUCCCCCUUAGUUGGUUCAUGAUGCUUUUAUUAGCCAUAGCCUUGUAGUUUGGCAAUAUCUGGGGAUCUACACUGAGCCCAUCCUGCUCUUAUCCAGUUUCUGUGUCUGGUACACUUCCUCGUAGUUGUCCAUUCAAUUUUUGUUUUUAAGGUUUAGGUUAAUUUUAGUUUGGAAGCUGUACGUGCAGAAUGUGACCACCUUGUAGCUUAAGAAAAAAAAAAUAAUUAUCGAAGUAUAGUUUAGUUUAGUUAUUUUAUUUGCUGCAGUGCUACCAUGGUAUUUUGAGUUAUGAUCGAUGAAUUUUUCUUAGCCAAAUAUGGACUCUCCUGUUUCAGACUUUUUUUUUACACUCAAAUGUGUUUUGUGGCUUACUGUCUGCGUGGUAAAUAUGCAUUUUUCUUUUUUGGUAGUCUUGUCAGUUCUGAAAUACUAAAAUCUAUGAUUGCAUGUCAUUGUAUAUUAGAUCCUCCUGUCCGUGCUAAUGCUUGCAUAGGAAAGUCCCAAAAAUGCACAUGGUGAAUUUUCCCCUUCUAAAUGUACCAAUAUCUGUUAUGAUUCAUAUGAAUGAAAUUCAUAUGAUUUUUAUACAUGAAGAAAAUCGUGGGUGAGUUCAACAAGUGCGUACACCAGUUAGUGGAAAAAAUAUAUUGUUUAUUGGUGCUAAUGUGUUGGGCACCAUUGAGCUUCUUUUUGGUUGGGCCUGAGUUGCCUGCGGUUUGUGGAAAAGUGCUAUGGAAUAUUAUGCUGCAUAUAAAUAGUUGACUGUCAAAUACGUUAAUCAGUCUUUAGACUUUCAACCUAUAGGUCAAAAAAAAUUCUGGUCCCCUGCCAGUACUCUAUCAUCCAAAAUACUACUUCAUGGUUUUAGUUUGUGAACAGUUUCAUGAUUCUGAUAUCUGUAUUAUUGAUCAAUCGAUAUAAUUUUAUUAAGGGCUGAUGCGGCUUAUUGCUGGCCUUCCAUACUGAUGACAGAUAACUGGUAUCAAUAUUCAGCCAGUGAUGAGUGGCACACUGGGUACCACUUACAUUGUAAAGAAGACACCGCACAUGCUAUCUUCUGUUUCUGGCAGAUCAACUCUUGAGUUGAAGAGAGUAGCUGAAGAUGGCCUGCGCUGGGCCUCUACUGAUGCCGGCAUUAUCUGCAAUAUCUUUAUCAUUCUAGGCAGACACAGAUAUUUGCUGUAAUGCUGAAUACCGGCCAGACCGAUAAUCAGUCGAUCCCUAAUCUGUAUUUAACCAUGUUGUAGUACAGUAUUGGAGUGUCCAAAAUGAAGAUCCACAAACUGUUUCUUAACUACAAUUUCACUGAUGCUUUGCCAACUGUAAGGCAAAGCAUCAUAGAAGUUGUAGUUGAAUAGCUGUGAAUCUGCAAUUUAGCCACCUGCAGUUUUGUUUUUUUGAACAGUAAGUGAUAUUAAAUGUGUGUUUGUAAACAAAUACUUUUUUUUUAAAUGGAUGACAGAGGCUUAUAUUAUGAAAAUUGUGUUGUAUCUCCUGUAAGCCUAUUGGUAAUACACCAUCAUUACAUCUAUAAAGCAGUCACGAGAGAGAUGUUUAGUUAAAAUACAAACUCUCUCAUUUUUAUAUAACAAAUGUUAACCUGGUGGAUUGGCAUUUGUGUAUGCAAUAGCUAUCUGAAUUAUUUUGUUUUUCAAAGUGUAUUCUGUAAAUCUAGUAAUUUUUUUUUUCUCUUUUCCACGUUGUUGCAGAGACCUAAAGGACAGGGAAAUAAAGGUAAGUUUUAUUUUGCUUCUUGAAUGUAUAUCUCAGUGAUCACUUUAGCAUUCAAAUAUCAGAAUUUUAUUUUCAAUGAUGAAACAGAGUAAAGGUAGACAGAACAUUGAUGGGCAAACGAACGGACAAUCCAUGUGUUAAUGAAUUAGAACUCCUGUGGUAUUCCACACGCCUGUACUCUACUACUCCCGUGAUUCAUUGUCAACUAAUGGUUAAAUUAGUACUUGCUCACCAGAAGUCACUUGUGCAAGUGUGUAACUAAAACAAUAGUUUUAAAUGAAGUUUAAACUGGGUUAACAUUGGGGAUUGGUGGAAUUUGAAUGUCUUGGGUUGAGUGCUCGCCGCUUUAAGCCCAGUUGUGAUUAAUACAACUUAUACAGGUAUCUGGUAUCCAUUAUUCUAUUCAACCCACCAUCUCCGUUUUUUUGGCUUAUUUACCAACUGCUUGAAGCCCAUUGUGGAAAAUUGUCAACAGAAUUGCUAAUAUUAGACCCAAACAGCAGACUUGAAAACCUUCACCAACUCCGCCAUAUUAAAAUAUGCAUUUCCUUUCUCAGAUCUCCAUAAAUCCCACUUUUAUAAAUAAACGCAUUAAUAUUAUUAUUUUUGGCAUUUAUCUAGCGCCAACAUAUUCCGCAUUUCUUUUCAAUAUUAUAAAAUGGGGAAAUCUUAACAAUAAAUUACAUACAAAAUGUUAUAGGAACAUUGGGAUGGUGACGCUGCUCAAACGCACUUACAUGAAGAGUCCACAAACUAUUAAACCCUUUUCUUGAAAAUGUACCAUAUUUCGGUUUCUCUUAUCGGCAUUCUUACAUCUGAAAUUAAUUUGAACUAUAAAAAGCAUGUUAGUUACCUACCAAAAAUAAAAUAAAAAAUCAGCUGUAUUAAAAUUCUAAAAUAACUAGCUUCAUGUGUUUCUCCAAUUAAAAUCAUCUAGUUAAAAAUGCUAACAAAAUAAUUAAAAUAAGUGUGAUGGUAAUACUAACUAAUAAAUAUAUCUAUUUCUCUAUCUAUAUAUCUAUCUAUAAACUGCAUGUUUUUUGUAGAAAAACAUUCUGGUAAGCAUUAAAGGGACACUCUAGAAGCCAUUACCACUGCAGUGCAUUGUAGUGGGAAUGGUGCCAGGAGUCUCCUAACACUCUGUCAGCAAUCUUUCAAACUUCUUUUAAAUUUUUGGCACUUACCUUGCUGUGUGCAUAUGGUCCUUCCAAUCUGAGUUGAUAAAGCAGAAGUUCAUAUUUCUCAUUAUCAACCAGCUAAGAUGGGAACGGCUGUGGUUGGCAUACACAGCAAGCUAAGAGUCAGACUGUUUGUAAAUGGUUUGCCAAAUCACUGGCAGAUGGUGCAUGCUGGUACCAUAACCACUACAGUGUGGUUGUCCCAUUAAUUUACAUUGCAGUGGUUUGUUUUUGUAGUGGUGCAUAUAUUGUACUUAAAAAAGUACACAAAUUGUUAUAGCUGUAUAUAUAUUUUUUUUUUCCCAGUUGCAGUACAGAACGGUUCAAUGCAUCAAAAGGAUGCAGUAAACGAUGAUGACUUUGAGCCAUAUCUAAGUAGCCAGACUAAUCAGGUAGGUGAUGAAUUUGUUAUUCACUUAAGAAAUGUAUGUUUUCCGUUAAUCUGUCGAAUUACUUUCGCUUAAUAUUCUUGGCAGUUAUAUUAGUAUAUGAACAAUGUAUGUUCAAUCAGCAAUUGUUGUCCCCCUCCAAGUCUAAAGCCAUAUAGCUUGAAAAAUGCUUUCUAUGAGAAGCUCCCAUAUGUGCUGUUUGAGUAAUGCUUCCUAUAAGGAGUACCCUCAUUAGUUUUCAGCAAUCCAACUUGGAAAUGAAAAACAGUCUGCAUUUAUUUGUCAAUGUCAUUUGCAGUAGCUGGUGUCAUGUUACUUGCAGUUAAUUUUCCAUCUCCAUGUGUAAAACAAGACUAAACUGUGUUUUUCUUUGACUGUAAAAUAAAAAUGAAUUAUUAAUGUUUGCUCUGAGUGAACCUCCUUUUGAAAGUGUGUAUUGUAAUGAAAAAUUUAUCACAUUAGUAAUUGAUUUAAUUUUUUCUUAACACAAAUGGAACUGUCACACAGUUUGAUUGAAGGGUAGGGUAUCGAUGUAUGCUACAAGUGUCCCUGUAUUUAGAUAACUGGACGCUAUCUAAUCUGUUAAAUUCAUAGUGAUAAAUAUAAGAUAUAGUUACCAUGGGGUGUUCAACUGUGUUAUCAUAUAUUUAAUAUAUAAGUACUGCUUUAUUUUUUUCUUCUUUGUAUUCCACUUGAAGUGCAGUACAAAGGCCUAGGAACUUAAAUACAGACUUUAGUUACCAGAAGCACUACAAAUUGAUGUAGUGGUUGUGGUGUCUGUAGCCUCUCCCUGCAGGCUUGUCAAUGUAAACUCUGCCAUUUUCAGAGAAAAGGCAGUAUUUAUAUUGGUGUCUAGUAACCACCUAUAAUUGCAGUCAAUCAGACUGAUACUAGAGGUGCUUCCUAGUCACUGCAGCACUGGUGUUCAGCACCUCCAUGCUCUGAACAUUUCCGUUAGAGAUGCAUUGAUUCAAUAUAUUUCUAAGUGGAGAUGCUUAUUGGUGCAGUGUGGCGUUUUGCUGCAAUAGCCUCCCAGUGCAUUUCCUGCAAGAUUAGAGGCAGUGCACUACAACAAAUUUUUAUUCCUGAAUGCUUGUCCCAGGCUCCUCCUCCUAUAGGUAUAAAACCACCUGGAAUCCCCCAAACCCCAGUUCUCUGCCUGCCUUCGGAAGGGUAGGAUGCAACUUACGGGGACAAGGUGAGAUGGUAGACUCCAUGGAGGGCUCUGUCUGUCGGAUUCCUGUGACAAAUUCUGUUUUUUUUUUUUUUUUUUCUGGUGGAACACAAACCGGGCGUCGGUGUUCCACUGGGCUUUAUACCGCCUAUCAUCCUAGCCAGGUGCUGGAGAUGGCGAAAAUGCGAUUUGCGCAUGUGCUGGGAAGUCCUGCAGAUGUAACACAGGUUGUGUUGCGUUCCAUCUAGAGAUCGUGGAACGCUCUGCGCAUGCACAAACCGAUCUCUUAUAAAUCAGGCGCAAAAUUUGAAAAGACUCACUUCCAGGACCUGGGAACUAAAUUACCCAGCAGCAACUCCCUGCUUGCAAGGUGCUCGCAAUCCCGCCCUCCAGCACACUCAGAGGCCAUUAAGGUAAGACUGCUCUAGUUUUCUCCUUAAUGCCUCUUGCCUGAUUAAAUUCUAUUUUAUUAUAGAUUUUUUUUUUUUCCUCUUCUAGAAUGUCUAACUUAGAGCAAAAAGAUAAACCUGGAGAAAAGGGGAAAAGCUUAGCCAAAACAAAGCAUCUGAUGUGUGCCACUUGUUCCCAGCCUUUACCAGGUGGCUUCAAAUAGAAAACAUGUGGCAAUUGCUGUAAAGAGGCUUCAUCAGUGGAAGCUGUAAAGAGGCUUCAUCAGAGGAAGCUGUAAAGAGGCUUCAUCAGAGGAAGCUGUAAAGAGGCUUCAUCAGAGGAAGCUGUAAAGAGGCUUCAUCAGAGGAAGCUGUAAAGAGGCUUCAUCAGAGGAAGCUGUAAAGAGGCUUCAUCAGAGGAAGCUGUAAAGAGGCUUCAUCAGAGGAAGCUGUAAAGAGGCUUCAUCAGAGGAAGCUGUAAAGAGGCUUCAUCAGAGGAAGCUGUAAAGAGGCUUCAUCAGAGGAAGCUGUAAAGACGGAAGUUUCAUCUCUCAUGCCAUGGUUCCAGAACUGUCUGCAGCAAACUUCUGUGGAGUUAAAGUAAGCUGCUUUAUUAACCCAGGCUGCCAUUCACGACCUGCUAAAAAGUAUGGCGGAAGGUAGGAAAACCUUGACUGAAGAAAGAUUGGAACAAACCCUUCUUCCUUAAAAAAAAGAUAUUCUUACAGAGCUUCCUUUCGUAGGUUCUCCUUUAAGAAGAAUCAAAGAAGGACAUUUUUCUUUCCGGGUAAGGGAAAGAAGAACUUUCCAGAGAAAAAUGAAAGGGGAUUAUGCCAUUCCUGUAUGGGGCAGACCUCUGUUCUUCAAGGCAGUAUGGCAGAAGAUUACUACAGACAGUUGGGUCAGGUUACAGUAUUUCCUCUGUUCAACUAUACAUUCCCCAGACAUAGCGGCAGUUCUUCUCCAACAGGUUGUGGUCUCAUGGCCGUAAAAUGUUAUAGAAAUUCAAAGGUUCUUAUUCAAAAAUAUUUUUGGUUAAAGCCAGGUGGUUCUUUCCGUCCAAUUUUGGAUUUAACAUUAGUGAACAAGUUCAUGGUUCAGAAAUUAUUUUGCAUGGAAAACAUAAUCUGUGCAUCUCACAUAAUUCAACCAGGUUCAUGGCUAUGUUCCAUCAAUGUGCAAGAUGCCUAUCUGCACAUACCAAUAGCAGCAAACAUUAGGUUUUUAAGAUUUGCCAUACAAGAUCAGCUUCUGCAUUUCCAUUUCAGGGCCUUAUCCUCUGGCCCCUCUUUUCCAAGUUACUCGUGGUUAUCACAGCAGAAUUGCAGAAAAAAGGUCUCUAUACCGUACCUGGACGACUUGUUACUCAUAGCGUCUUCAGAGCAACAAAUAAGACGUCAGAAGGGCAACCAUGACCCUCCGAAAUCAUGGCUGGAUUAUAAACUGACAAGUCGGAGUUGACCCCAUCUCGUUCUAUCCUUUUUCUGGGUCUUAUUUUAGACUCUAUUCAAAUGAAGCUUUUCCUUCCAGAGGAGAAGAUACACAAGAUAAAGGUCACCAUUAUCAGCUUGCAAAAGAAAGUCUUGCACUAUAAGAGAAGCUAUGAGACUUCUGAGUCUGUUCACUGCCACAAUUCCAGCCGUAAAAUUGGCCAAGGCACAUAUGAGGCCAUUGCAGAGGAAUAUCCUGUCGUCCUUAGACCAGUCCAUAAAUUUUAGCUCUUUGGCUCGACUAAGCUUCCAUUGGUGGAUGACUUCAGCAGGAAUCUUCUAAAACAAGGAGAUUGGUCUCUUUCUCCUGCUUUUUCAGGAAAUUUGUAGAGAAAUUCAGUCUUCCAGUUAGAGAUAUCAUGGCCUCCAAGAAAACAGCCCGAUUUGCUUCCAUAAAUUCAAUGGACAUGCUAAACUUCCUGGAUGCGAUAUUGAUUCAGUGGGAUUUUCCACUUCCUUACAUCUUUCCUUCGGUUAUCCUUAUCCCAUGUAUUCUACAGAAAAUCGUCCAGGACAAGUCAAAGAUGAUAGCAAUACUUCCCUUCUGGCCUCAAAGAAGUUGGUUCUCCGUUCUACUGCACCUAUCCAACAAGAGGUUUUGAAAACUUCCUAUGUCGGAGAAAAUUCUGGAACACAAGUUGGUUCCGCUUCACACCCUUCAAACAUUCCAAUUAACAGCCUGGUAUCUAAACGCCAGAUCCUGAGAUGAAGAGGACUCAGUCAUGAAGUAGUGGCUAUCCUACUAGCUGGUAAAAAGACUCCACUUCUUUAGUUUACAUUGGAAUUUGGAAAAAGUUCUGCUCUUGGUGCUACAAUGUAGGGGUCAAUCCUCUUUCGGCGUCAGUUUCUCAGAUUUUGACAUUUCUGCAAUUGGGGUUUGCUAAAGGCCUUCGUCCUGCUACUCUGAAGGUUCACAUCUCUGCUAUUCGUUUUUUCAGUAUUUGAGAAUUUGCUUCGGAUGCUCUUAUUUCCAGAUUUUUUUUUUAUUUAUUUUUUUUGCGCACUUUCUAGACUCCUUCCUACCAUCAAGGAAUUGGUUCCCCUUUGGGAUUUAAAUAUUGUCCUCUCGGCUCUUUGUGAGGCACAGUUUGAACCCUUGGAGUCUGUCAGUCUUAAGAUUCUUACAUUGAAGACCAUAUUUUUGGUUGCAGUGACAUCAGGGUGAACUUCAGGUCUUUGCCUCUUUUCCUCCUUUCCUAGUAUUUCACCUUGAUAAGGUGGCCCUGAAACUUCAUCCUUUUUUUUUUUUUUUUUUCUACUAAAGUGGCCACCUUAACUAACAUAAAUCUUGAAAUUGUUCUCCCUACAUUUUGCCAGAAUCCUCAAAAUGCUGUGGAACGGAAAUUCCAUUGCCUGGAUGUUAAACGCUGCCUACAGUUUUACAUGGAAAGGUCUUCUCCUUCACAGAUUGGCAAUGCAGCAACUUGGUCGUUUCUACAUACCUUCUCCAAACAUUAUAGGUUAGACGUACUGGCCUCUGAGGACUCUAUUUUUGGGUGUAAGGUGUUAAAAGCCAUGGUAAAGUGAUGUUUCCCGCCCUUAAGGGAUUGCUUGUUUAUCCCUGUUGUAGUGCACUGCCUCUAAUCUGGAGGGAAAAGUUCAAAUUUUACUUACCAUAAAUUUAUUUCAUUAAGAUUAGAGGCAGUGCACAUAUUUCCCACCCUAUUUAUUAAAGAUAUUUUUGCAAUUAUUCAGUUUUUGUAUUUAUUGGGGUUUUGGGGAUUUCAGGUGGUUUUAUAUCUAUAGGUGGAGGAGCCUUUAGGAUUAAAAAUUGGUUGCCUGCUGGCUUUCCGAUCCAGAUUAGAGGAAAUCUCUGUAGUGCACUGCCUCUAAUCUUGAGGAAAAAUACAUUUACGGUAAGUAAAAUUUGAACUUCCCUAUGGGAAACCAUUGGAUUGCCUGAGAUCAAGAUUGACGAUCUCUGCAAUUGAAUUGGGGCCAGCCGUGGAAAGACUGGCGCGGCAUGGUAGAAGUGAGUAAAUUAACCUUUUUGUGCGCACACACACCCCUCCCACAGUUUUCUGCUUGGUAGUAAUAGUUUGUAUUUGUAGUAGUAUUGCUGUAUGAAACUUCUGUAGGGAAACAGUCUAGUGACUUAGAGAGCUGUGUUUUAAUGUGAUUGAAAAUCUCGAAAUGUUUGGAAAUAUUUUACUGUGUUAACCCUUUAAGGACCAAAGCAUUCUUUGGUAUUUGUGUGUUCCACUUCAGUUUCCUUUUUCAUUUAUAAAACUAUAUAUAAUGUGUUGGUGUAAUAAAGGACAAUACUGCUUUAAUUUGAUGUGGCAUAUACAAUUGUAAUCAAAAUUUAUUUAGCCCUCAUUGAAAAUCGGGUUUAUUGUUAUAAUUUAUAGUUUUUCAACUGUUUGUUAUGAACAAAGCCUACAAAAUCUAUUGAAAUUGCUUUUCCCCAAAUUAAAUGUUAUGAUUUCUCCAGUCUCAAUAUUAUUCAACACCUUCAUAGCAAGCAUCUUUAGCACUUAAACACCCUUUUGCUGUUAUGACCUGCUGCAACUGAGAUGCAUAGCCAGACUGCAGCUUCUGGCAACAUUUCUGAAGAAUCUUAGUCUAUUGUUAAUGAGCAAUGGCCUUCAGUAAUAAUCAUGGGUUUGCAUGCUGCAACUGCCUACUUCAAAUCCCACUAGAAAUUUUCUCUGGGGUUCAAGUAAGGUGACUGUGAUGGCUACUGUAGAAUUUUCCAGGACAUAUUCUGCAGCUAAGCCUUGCUGGAAUUUGAGGUAGGCUUGGGAUUAUUGUCUUGUUGGAAGGUCCAAUGACCCCCAAGCUUCCACUUCCUGAGACACGGCAUGACCUUUUCUUCUUCGAUGUCCUGACACUUUAAUCCAUUCUGCAUUCUACACGCUGCAGGUUUCCAGUGCCAGAGAAGGCAAAGCAGCUCCAGAGCAUCACAGGCCCACCAUUAUGCUUAAAGGGACACUGUAGGCACUCAAACCACUUCACCGCAUUAUGGUGGUCUGGAUGCAAUGUCCCUUAACCCAUAGCAUGUCAUUAUUGCAGUUUAUUUCCUUUAGUGGUUCUCUAUCAGACAGCCUCUAGAGGGACUUCCGGGUCUUUAGGAGACUUUUGGUCGCCUAAAUGAUGCCCAACGUCCUCACGCUAUGCUUAAGGACUUUCAGCGUCACCAAAAUCCCCAUCGGAAAGCAUUGAAUAAUACUUUUUCUUUAAGGGAUCCUAAUGCGAGUGCAUACCCGAGCCAGAGUCGAGGGACAUUGGUGCUGGACACUGGUAAAUAAUGCACCCCUUCUGCACCAUGUGCGGGCUUGACUUGAGGAGUUAGCUAUAUUGCUAGAAAAACAAGUUUUUCCUGCCACUAUAGUUUGCCUUUAACUGUAGGCAGAGUGUUUUUUUUCAAGGUAUGCUUCAUUCUUCUUUCUCCAGACAUACUGUUGAUCCAUUGGGCUGAAAAGUUUUGUUUCAUUUCUCCAUAGAACAGAAUCCCAACACUUAUGCAGCUCUUUUAUGAUUUUGAGCUUAUUGGAGACAACUUUUCUUGUAGUUCUGCGUUUAGUAUGUGAUUUGCUGUGCUCACUGAAACCUCGGUGCCUGUUGCCACCAAAUCUUGAUGCAGGUCUUUUGCAGUCAUCCAGGUUUUUUCACAACCUGCCUUCUCAGAAAUCUGGUUGCAGCCAUUGAUGACUUCCUGUUCCUGCCCUGUCCAGGUAGUGUAACUACUGUUCCUUCAACUUUGAAAUUAUGCUUCCAAUGGUGUCUCUAGGAACAUUCAGUGCUUUCGCUAUUAAUUUUUUUUUUUUUUUUGUCUCUUGUUCCUUGUUUGUGAAGUGUGGUAAUAUCUUUUAACUUGGUAGACCCUCUUUUUUUACUUAUCUGCCAUAUGUCUAACAUGCAGUCAAACCUGACACUCUGCAACCUCCUAGUCAGUUCAUGUAUUUAAAGUGUUCCUGUACAAGCAUACUUAGCAUAACUAGUGAAGCCCUUGAUUACACCUGUUUAGCAUAUUCGAGCUGUUGUGAGGGAUUCUAUUCAGGGGGUUGAAUCAUUUUAAGACUGGAGAAAUCAUAAGUGGCAUUUUCAGUUGAAUUUGUGGAAACCACUUGAAGCAUUUGUUGUGUUGAGCUAUUUCAUCCGCCGUAUAACACUUAAUAGGUUGCUCAGCUAUGUAGUCUGUGUGCAGCAAUACCUAAAGUAUACCUGUGCUAUUUGGGUGUUUAAGGGGCAAAUAUGAGACACUGCCAUUUAACCCCUUAAGGACCGGACUGUUUUUGCGAUGUUGUACGUUUGCGACCAGGCAUCUUUUUACACUUUUGUGGUGUUUGUGUUUAGCUGUAAUUUUCCGCGCUCUCAUUUAUUGUUCCCAUACAAAUUAUAUAUUGUUUUUUUUCAGGACAAAAGGUGCUUUCUUUACAUACCAUUAUUUAUAUAAUCUCAUGUAAUUUAAUUUGAAACAAUAUGAUGAAAAAUUGAAAAAAUACAUGUUUUUUUGACUUUUACGUGAGAAAUCUUGUACUCAUCUGCAAAAGCGAAUGGGGAAAAAAAACUGCUAAAUAGAUUCAAAAUUUUGUCCUGAGUUUAAAAAUACCCAAUGUUUACAUGCUUUUUUGCUAUUUUUUUGCAUGUUAUAGGGCUAUAAGUACAAGUAGGAUAUUGUGGUUUCAAAACAUACAUUUUUAAAAUGUAUCAGCAGUGACAUUGUAACACUAUCUGUCAUAAAUCUCUGAAUAACACCCCACAUUUUUUCUUUUCUUUUUAGUAGACAGCCCAGGGUAUUCAAUAUGGGGUAUGUCCAGACUUUUUUUUAGUAGCCAUUUAGUCACAAACACUGGCCAAAGUUAGCGUUCAUAUUUGUGUGUGAAAAAAGUAAACUAAAUUGAACGCUAAUUUUGCCCAGUGUUUGUGACAAGUGGUUACUAAAAAAGACUGGACAUACCCCACUUGGGUUGUCUUCUUUUGCAAAUGGUAUGCCAUCAUGGGGGGUAAUUCUCAUUCCUGGGCUACCAUACACUCUCAAAGGCAAAAUAACCAACCUGGCCAUUUUCAAUGUAAAAAUAUGACCCAUAUAUUUGACCCUGUAACACUAUAAAACUUGUACAUGAGGGGUACUGUUAUACUCAGGAGAUUUUGCUGAACACAAAUAUUAGUGUUUCAAAACUGGAAAAUGUAUCAUAACAAUUAUAUCAUCAGUAAAAGUGCUGUUUGUGUGUGAAAAAUGCAAAAGUCAUUUUCACUGACUAUCAUCGCUGUGAUAUGUUUUACGGUUUUGAAUCACUAAUAUUUGUGUUCAGGGAAGUAUCCCGAGUAAAACCGUUGGAGAAUCUAUAUGCUUCGAAUUCGUAUGUGUUUUUAUAAUUGUUCUUCUUGGCAACUCACCAGUGGAAUACUUUGAUUCAUGUUUACAUAUGAUACUUUCCCCUUCUGUGUAACACUACUAAUCAUUUAGAGUUUCAUUGCAACCAGCCCAACAAGCAUUUCCCUGGAAAAUAUUUACAGCUGGCCUUAUUUAUAUAGUGCUGCAAAAUGUACUGUCCUCAAGUGCCCUCCAGAUACAACGAGCCAUCUCAGUCAAAAAAUGUAUCAUGAGAGGUUGAGGUCACUCAGUUAUAGGUUGCCAUAGGUAAUGUGUGGAAUUAUUAAUUUUUAUAUUUUUUACAUGAAUGUGCUUCUUGGUGUGCAUUGACUUUGAUUGUGUAGCAUUAAAAUAGGUUUUUAACUCCUAAAUGGCAGUGAAUUGUGCAGUGAGACUGCAGGGGGCAUGGUCCAUACACCAAAACUGCUUCAUUAUGCUAAAGUUGUUUUGGUGACUAUAGUGUCCCUUUUAAUCCAUAAAAUGUUAACAUUUGUGUGUUUUGGUGCAUAGAACCCAGCUCUCAGCAGUAGUGUUUACAUAUGACCUUAAACUUGCAUCUAGUGGCUGCCAGAUUAACAGCUACAGGACUAACUUGUUGAAAAUUUUAAUUUAUUGAAAGUCUUUAGGUUCCUUGACAUCAGACAUGUCGUCAUGGUGAAUGCUUCUGUAUGAGAAGCAUCAAACUAGCUGGGCAGCAAUUGCCACAGUUAUAUGCCCCGUGGGUCCCUGGUGAGAAGCAUUAUAUGUACAUUUUCUGCUGAAUUGAGCAUUAAUUAAUUAAUCCUGUGGAUGCCAAGUUUGACUUCAGUUAUAAAUUAAAUAGAUGUUCAUUGAUUAAUUGCAACACAUAAAGCUUAAAAAUUACCUUGGAGGUGGAUACAGUCAUGUUCAAAAUGGACAAAUGGGUGUAUGUGUAUAACAAUAUUUGGCAGGUACACUAUUUAGAUGAAAUAUUGAUCCGUACAAGUAUUACUAAAUGUAAUAUUUUUCAUGUUAGGUUUGCUUUAUUUUCUUCUUCUGUUUACUUAGUCAUAUUGCAAAACCUAGUCUAAAACAGUUGGGUUUUAACUAUAUCUCCAUGAGCAAAUAUGUGGUUUUGGUCGACAUUUUGCAGACAAGUUUUAUAGUCGCUACAGUUAUUAGGGUAUUUGUCACAACAUGAACAUGUCAGGCACACACAAAGUAUAGACAAAGUAUUUCUGCAAGUACAGAGAGCGAGAACUGGAACGGAAGGCUGUAAACAGGUUGUAGUUGGUAAACAGGGGCUUAAAGAUAAUGUUGGCCUUAAAUAGUCAUAGGUUGGCUGUGUUAGCCUGUAUAUGGCAGCUUGCUUGUGAUUUUUCAACUAUUCGAUGUUAAGUGAUAAGCCCUCUUUGUUUUUCUUACUGCCUUCCUGAAACCCAGUGCAAGUGCUGAACCACUUUCAAAAGAUGCUUGUAUGCUGUAGUGAUGUUAAAAUUAAUUCUUCACGUGGCAUUGCAGCUAUAGUUAAAGUGAGGUUCCAGAGUUUUAAUGUUGCUACAUUUGUAUAUUGUAUGUAGGGCUGCAAAUAAUUGUCUUAAUUAAUUGGAUUAUCUAUUUUUAUAAAUAUAUUGGAUUAAAAUAUCUAAUCUGGUACAUUCACAAUUAAAAAUGUAUAUUAAAAAUCAAAGGUCAAAGCGGACUAUCAAUUAGUAAUACGACACAACCUUACAGACUUAUCUAUACAGUUCAUAUAAUCAUCAAUGGCAAACAAUCAACUAAUAAUUGUGCAAACUGAUAGCCCUAGAUUGAAUCGAUGUGGACUGACUGUAAUAAGCUUGGCACUAGAUCAUGCAAAGGAUAGUCACAACCCCCCUGAUUAAAUAAUAAAAACAGUUUAUAUGAUAACUCCUAUUCUUUCUGGGUUGCACUGAUGAUCUAAUCCACAUAAGCAUGUAGUAGUUGUAAGCUGAAAGAAACAUACAGUCCUGAAAAAAAUAACACCUGUUGGCACAGAUGUCAUUCUUAAGCAACCUCUGUGUUACUAGGAACUGCAUUAAACAUUCCAGCACCUUUCUCCAUGUAAAACAGCCGAAGAUCUUAUACACACUCCUCUGCAUACUCUAGCUAGACUUUAUUUAAAAAAAAAAAACACGCAAUGCUUUUUAGGAUUUUUCUUAUGUCUUUUUUUUUUUUUUUGCAAAAUUAAGUAAUACAGUGAUUUUUAACUUGUCCCGUGCUCACACCAACUAUAAGUCAUUUGAUAAUUUUUAUAUUUUAUGUAUUUGUAUUAGUAGUUGCAGCUGGAGUGUAUCCGCUUUGUAAUCCGCUUUGUAAAUGUUAUUUUCUGUUAAUUAGGUUUAAAAAAUAAAAAAUACUUAUGAUAAAACACUGCUUAAAGAAAACUGUAUUUUGUCUUAAUUGAACACUUAAUGGUGAAAUAAUUAUUUUGACUUUUGUUUUGUUACAGAGUAACAGCUAUCCACCAAUGUCAGAUCCAUACAUGCCUAGUUAUUAUGCUCCAUCCAUUGGAUUUCCUUACUCACUCGGUGAAGCAGCAUGGUCCACCGCAGGCGAUCCACCUAUGCCAUAUUUGACAACAUAUGGACAGAUGAGCAACGGGGAACACCACUAUAUACCGGAUGGAGUGUUCAGUCAGCCUGGAGCUUUGGGGAACACUCCUCCUUUUUUAAGCCAGCAUGGGUUUAAUUUUUUUCCUGGGAAUGCAGAUUUCUCAACAUGGGGGACAAGUGGAUCUCAGGGACAAUCAACACAAAGUUCUGCAUAUAGCAGUAGCUACGGAUACCCACCUAGUUCUCUUGGUAGAGCCAUAGCUGAUGGACAAGCUGGAUUUGGCAGCGAUACUCUAAGCAAAGUACCAGGCAUUAACAGCCUUGAGCAAGGAAUGACAGGACUGAAAAUUGGUGGGGAUAUGUCUGCUGCUGUAACAAAAACUGUAGGUUCAGCUUUGACUAGUGCAGGCAUGACAAGCAUAGCUGCCAACAGUGUUCCCCCUGUUAGCAGUUCAGCACCAAAGCCAACCUCGUGGGCUGCCAUUGCUCGAAAGCCUGCCAAACCUCAACCCAAACUUAAACCCAAGGGUAAUGUGGGUAUUGGUAGUACUGCUGUUCCUCCACCGCCUAUAAAACACAACAUCAAUAUUGGAACUUGGGAUGAUAAAGGGGCUGUGGUAAAGUCCCCUCCCACUCAACCAGCUCUGCCUCCUCAGCCUGUAAUUCAACAGCCUCAGCCAUUAACUCAACCUCUUCCCAUGGUGCAAAACCAACUGCCUCAACAGCAGCUUCAGCAACAAGGUCUGCAGCAGGCCCAACCACAUCAGGUGCAGCAACAACUUCAAAAUCGCUGGGUGGCUCCUAGAAACAGGGGGGUGGGCUUCAAUCAGAAUAAUGUAUCUGGCAAUGAUAAUUUUAACUUAGGUGUUGUACCCAUUAGCUCCUCAACUUCUGGUGUUGAGGUACACCCCGUACUGGAGAAAUUGAAGGCCAUAAACAACUAUAAUCCCAAAGACUUUGACUGGAGUCUGAAAAAUGGACGUGUGUUCAUAAUCAAAAGCUACUCUGAGGACGAUAUUCACCGAUCUAUCAAGUACUCUAUCUGGUGCAGUACUGAACAUGGUAAUAAACGUUUGGAUGCUGCUUACCGAUCAUUGAAUGCAAAAGGCCCACUUUAUUUACUCUUCAGUGUAAAUGGAAGUGGACAUUUUUGUGGUGUAGCCGAGAUGAAGUCUGUUGUGGACUAUAAUGCAUAUGCUGGAGUAUGGUCCCAGGAUAAAUGGAAGGGAAAGUUUGAUGUUAAAUGGGUCUUUGUUAAAGACGUUCCCAAUAACCAGCUGCGACACAUUCGUUUAGAAAACAAUGAUAAUAAGCCUGUUACCAACUCAAGGGACACUCAAGAAGUACCCCUAGAAAAAGCCAAGCAAGUUCUCAAAAUAAUUGCUACUUUCAAGCAUACAACCUCUAUUUUUGAUGACUUUGCACAUUAUGAAAAGCGUCAAGAAGAGGAGGAAGCCAUGCGAAGGGUAAGUGUGCUCUAAUUUAAAAUAUUUCUAUUUUCAAUUCGAUUCAUUUGCAAUAUGUUUCUUUGUUUCUUUUGUGUUGGUGCCUACAUGUUUCUUCUAUUCAACCUUUAGAGUUUCUAACUUGCUAAAAAAUUAAUUUUUGCUAGUGACUAACACACUAAUCUUGUCUUGCUUAAAUGAGCUAUUAUAUACAUGAAUUUCAGUUUUAGACUUUUUGGUGACCCUUUUUAAACCAGCAAUUUCAUUACUAAAGUAUGUAACCAUUUUUUUUGUGUAAUAAGCAAUUCAUGACUAUUUCUAUACAUCUCCAUGCAUUUUUAUUGGCUGUACGUAAUGCAUGCUACUUGUGUAAUUAAAAAUCUCACAUACUAGGGUGCUCCAUGAGUUUAUCACACUAGUUCACAGGAAGAAAAAAAAAAAACCACACCACUAUACUGUAAUUAGAGUAAUAUAGCUUAACUUGUUUAUUGAGAAAAUUUCACUUUUUUUUUUUUUUGGUUUAGCUGCCACAUUCUAUGUGCUCUGUUUUGAACUGUAGCAACAGGCAAGUUAGGUUGAGCAGUUGGUCAAAUAGUAGAAAUUGCUCAGCACAAUAUAAAAGUUAAACCUUCUCAAUAGUCUCUAUACACCCAAAAAACAAAUCCAGUUUCAUUGAACUUUUAAAAUAUAAUAGAACAUUUUCACAUUUUUCCUUUAAAUUUAAAGCUGUUUGCCAUGUGUACGCAGAUUUGUUGAUUAAGAGGAUACUAUAGUGUUAGGAAUACAAAUCGUUAUUCCUAAACUAUAGAGCCCUCUUGACCCCUCUCCCCAGGCUCAUAAAGGGUUAAAAAACUGUCACCCUAUUCCAGCGCUGAUGUACCUUGGCACUCUGUAUCCUCCAAUGUCCACAGACGGGAGGGGGAAAUGCGUAUGUGCCACGAGCGCAUUGCUCCAGUGCUUUCCUAUGGGGAUUUUAUGGACGCUGGAUGUCCUUAUGCAGAGUGUGAGGUCGUGCAGCAUCAGGUGACCAAAAGGCCGUUGGCCACCAGUUAGUGCCCGUAGAGUCAGUCUUAGUCCUGCAAUGUUAUUUCAGUUUCUCUAAAAUGUCAAUGAUUUAUAUUGCAGGACUUAGUGUGACUGGGACACUGCAGCCAGACAACUUCAAUGAGCUGAAGUGAGUGUUAAUUCUGCAGACACAAGUACAGUUAAAAUGGGCACUACAGUCACCAGAACCUCCACAGCCUAAUGGAGUGGUUGCAUUGUGUCUCUAUAGCCUGUUCCAACAUGCUUUUCAAUGUAAACACUGCCUUUUCAGAGUCAAGUCGGUGUUUACAUUGCUGCCUAGUAACCACUAGUAUCAGUCACUCAGAUUGCCACUAGAGGUGUCUUCCUAUUUCAGUGCUCAUAUGGUGUGUGUAUAUAUUGUCUUAAUGUGUUGCCAUCUUUUCACCAGUUUGUGGAAAACUAACUUUCAGUUUUUAAAGUUAGAAUUUUAAUAGAUGAACUUGAUGUGCAAAUUCAUUUUCUGAGGUCUUGUAGCAUCUUCACAACUACCCAAUGAAUUCAUACCUUUUCUUAAAGUAUACAUCAUGGGGUAUAUCAGAUGAUACAUUUUGAGUCUUAUUAUACAGCCAAUUUAACAGCAAUUCCUUUCAUAGUUUAUGGUAUGCAUUUUUUUUUUUUAAUUUUUUUUUUUUUAAAUCCACCUAAUUUAGCUUUAUCUUUUAUAAAUUUGAUAUGUGCUACUAUAAUUAAAUUGUGCUCUCCAGAGUAUAGAAUGACCCCCUUUAUAUACCUGUGUAAAGUGCUUUGUAAAAAUACAGAACUGAAUUUAUAACCUGCCCACUUUUUUUUUUUUUCGGAAAGAGAAAAUGGCAAAUUGUAGAUGGGUUUAUAGUGCAUUUUGGGUCAUUUUAGUAGCUCACAUAUUUAACAUUAUUUGCAAAAGUCGAUGCAAUAUGGACUCACGUGAUAUAUUUUUAGCUUUAAGAUGCCAUUUUUUCACCGUUUGUUUUCAAGGUUUGUGAUAUUUUUCAACUUACAUACACACUUGUAUAUUUUUUCUGCUUAUUUAUUUAUUUAUUUUUUUUAAAUCUUGUGUCACACUUGAAUAACAUUAUCUUAACUAUACAGAGCAAAAUCUCAUACGUACGGCUAAACCCCAUUUGUAUAUAUUUGCAGAGUAAAAUCCUAAUCCCAAAUCUCACCCUAAGUAUUCAUCUUGGCAAAGGGAAAUCUAAAUUAACAGUGAUAUGUUGCUGCCAUUUACUGGCUAUUUGAAGUAUGACCGCUUCCUAUCUCUUUCAUUGCAUAAUGUAUGUUUAAUGCAUUGAGAUUAAUGCUGGGCAACUGACAUGUAUGUAUGUGUUGCACAGCAUAUCGAUCUAUAUAUCUCUCUCCCUAGACCAGAGCUCGACAAAUCCCAGGUCGCCAUGGCGAUUAGGAAUUUUGUCCUGGUGUCUGUGAUUUGUCAGCCCGUUCAGUGGAGUGAAAUAAAGGUGAAAGCGGGUGGCAAGGGAGGGAGCUGUUAUCUUCCUAACACCUUGCUCUGCUCUCUCGCGCAUCCUGCAGUGAUGCCGGGAGCUGGGUUAUAACUUCAUUCCAGCCCCGGCAUCACUAAACCAUGCUCUAGGGAACAGAGCAAGAAGAGCUCAAUCUUGAUGAUCUCACCCAAGCCAAGUUACUAGGCACUAGGGAUCGACCGAUUAUCGGUCUGGCUGAUAUUCUGCAUUUUCAGCAAUAUCGGUAUCGGCCAAUACCGAUAUUGCUGAUAAUGCAGACCAGGACCGCCGCGCUCCUGGUUGGGAUCAUUAUCCUGUUGCAUGGCUUAAUUUAGCACAAGCUUUAGCUGUCGGACAGAUGGCCUCACAUUUGACUCUAGAAUAAUUUGGUAUACAGAGGAGUUCAUGGUCAACUCAAUGACUGCAAGGUUCUCCGGUCCUGUGGCUGCAAAACAAGCCCAUAUCAUAACCUCUCCACCACCAUGCUUGGCAGUUGGUAUGAGGCGUUUGAUCAUAAUGCACAGUGCCAUGUUUGAGGAAAACCAAACCGAUCAUAUUGGCACAAACCUCUCCACUUUGGUCUUGUCUGCCCAAAGGACAUUGUUCUCGUGGUUUGUUCAGAUGCAACUUUGCAAACUGUGCUGCAAUGUUUUUUUGAGAGAAGAGACUUUCUUCUGGCAACUCUUCCAAACAAACCAUACUUGUCCAGGCUUUUUCCAAAUCUACUGAACUUCAAUAUUUAACAUAUGAAAUGAGGCCUGCACAAUCUGAGAUUUAACUAUUGGGGUUUUUGCAGUUUCUCGGAGUUCUUUGCAUGUUCUGAGCUUGGGGUGAAUUUGCUGGGACCUCCGCACCUGUAUAUAUUGGCAACUGUCUUGAAUAUUUUCCUCUUUUGAAUAAGCUUUCUCAUUGUAGAAUGAUGGACUUUAAAUUGUUUGGAAAUUGCCUUAUAACCCUUCCCAGUUUGAUGGGCAGCAACAAUUGCUUCUCUAAGAUAAUUGCUUAUGUAUUUCCUCCUUGGCAUUGUGUUAACACACACCUGAUGCACCAGACCAGCAAAGUGCUAAAACAUUGGCUUUUAUAGAGGUGAUAACUCUUGAUCACAUGGCUUUUCCAUUGUGGCUUUAUUUUUGUUAAAUCGUGACACUGUGUAUUAUGUCAUGUGGUGUUUUUCAUCUGAGAUUGGUUAUAUCCGCUUUUAGGACCUGCUAAGGAACAGAUAAUUGAAUUUCAUUGGUUUUAUUUACGCUGCCAUUAUAUGAUGGUUAAGAUGAGCUCUCCCGAUGCUUGUUCUCUUCACAGCUUCAGAGCAGAACUGUCCCUUCCAGAGAAAUGGCAGUUCCUUCACCAGCGUAAAUAUUUAGGCAUCUAGCAGAAAAAUGCCAUACGGAACAAGUGUAUGCACCAUGCAUACAGCAUUGCAAGAGAACUUUUGCAUAGUUUGCCAGGCCUUGUCCAACGUAGCAUGUAAAUGAAAAUACAAUAUUUUAAAAUUAAUUUAGCACUACUUUUAAUUAACCCUUACCUGUCUACUGAAGACAUCGGCAUUCCUCAAGGACAUGAUCACUUUGAGACAACUGUCUCAUUCAAAAGCUUUAGCUUUAAAUGGGACUCUCGCUCUGCAGGUUGAAAAAUGAAUGUAAUUCUGAUCUUUACCUGCUUCUUUCUUAUACUCUCCACACCCACUUGGGGAACUCUGAUCUAACCAGCAAGCGUCCUAUUCUUAAGGAUCCGAGAAAAGUGCAUUGGGCAUGCCUGACUGCUACACAUAAGCAACUGGAAGAUCUCUACACCUUGAAGCAUACUUUCAGGGGGAGAAGACAGUGUGAUUAUGCUGAGCAGGCUCCAAUGUUUGGUUCAUCUCUCCUGUUGCUUCACAAUGAUGCCUUCUUUCUGUUAUUAGUAGACUAGUCUGAAACUGAAAUGGGGUGGUUAAUGGGGAUGGGGGGGGGUUUGAAGAAACUUUCUAACUGAGAGGCGUGCCCAACAAUGCAAUUUGACCAAGUUUAUAUUAAAUUUAAAAGUGUUGAUUACAUGCUUUUCAAAGUUUUUAAUUUUUUUUUUAUUUUUAUUUUUUUCUGUAUAUUUGUUUUAAAGUGUUUCUUUGCUGGUUUAAAACAUAAUUGCCAAGUGAUGUCUCUUUAACCUCUUAAGGACCAAACUUCUGGAAUCAAAGGGAAUCAUGACAUGUCACACAUGUCGUGUCCUUAAGGGGUAAAAGGUUUUCUGGAUGCCAUUAAGUGCUCUGGUUAACCCUCAAUGUAAAUCAUAUUUCCAAUUAACUUUGUACAGUGCUACGUGUUUAAAUUGUAUGGGGGAAAAACUCAUUCUGUCAUAUGUGUACAUAACUUUUUUUUUUUUUUUUUUUGCAGGAGAGAAAUAGAAACAAACAAUAAUUGUAAGGAGGUAACCUGCUAUAAUCUCAACACUAAUGAUGCAGACUCUGGAAAUGCCUACUUUGUCGACGAGAACAUAGAAUGCUUUUUAUUUCUGCUUAAGGUGACAUCUUUGGACACUUUAACACAAAUUGACUUUUCCUCCCCCUCCCUCCCUCCCCCCCUCCUUUCUCCUUGGUUUCAUCCAUGUGUCAGUCAUCCUCCUUAUCAUACACUCUUGAGAACUUUAACUUCAUCAAGCACUUUGUCCAGAAGCUUUUAUCGGUAUCUGCUGUCCUUUUUGUAAUCAUUACAUCCAAGCAAAGACACAGGAGACCCAUCAAAUGAAUGGAUUAUUUGUUUUUAAUUUGUUAAAUACUAACCACCAUUCGAAAAAUGGCUAGAUAAAGUGAGAUUCACAGUGCUUCUUUUUAUUAUAUAUUUUGUCUUUUUGUUAGAGGUUAACAAAAAAUUAAUCAUGCCAUGUCUAAUUUAAAAGUAAACUCCAGUUGUCUGUCAGAUAUUGUAGUAUCAUCGAUACCGACUUUUAAAAUGCAGUUUAGCCAAAUCGUAGAAAUUUGUUCCAGCUUUUUGGUGUAAGAAAAUAUAUUACAAUGCAGUUUUGUCUUCACCUCGCGCUUAAUUCACACUUGUUAUAUUUCUUUACCAAUUAUUAAUGGCUUUGCUGUCAAAAUCAGUCCGUGCUGCUGAUUUUUGGUAACAAAGAGGGGGGGGGGGGCGACAAAUAAGCAUUCUUGUUUGGUACCACUUAGUGUCACAAAUUUCAAUGUUUUGAAUAAAUGUACCUCAGUCCAAAUAUGACUUUCUGUGACCUUUUAGCCUACGUUUAAUAAUCAAAAUCACGCUGCUGGGUGUUUUCAAACCUGUCCAAGUGUUCUCGAGAAAAUAGAUAUACUCCAAAUACUGAUAUUCUAAGCGUAAUAAAUAUAAUUUUGAAUAGCAAGCAUACAUUUUGGAGUUUUGCACCUUCUGUUUUGUUUUUCUUUUCCCAUUUUUAACUGCUACAAUAACUUUUUAAUUUUAAGUGGGUACAGGUUCAGUGCAGGUUCAGUUUCAAACUGAAGUCCAGACCACUAAUGUCAGAUUUAUUUUAAGUGCCUAUUUCCUUUUUAUAUUUAAUUUGUAGUUAAUAGAAACUAUUAUAAUCAUAUUUUAAUGUAUUGCUGAGAAAUGUAUUAAUGUAAAGUAUACCAGCCUCACAAAAAUGGCAAUUUGUUUUUGGGUUUUAUUUUCCCCUACUUUUUUUUUUUUUUUUUUCAAUCUGUUUAAAACUGCUUAUAGCGUAGCCUAUUGUAACGCACAUUUUUGUCGUCCUGGGGUAGUUUUGUUUCUAUGCUACGUGUCUGUCCAUUAACAACACUAAAUGUUUUCGUUCAUUCUAAUCAGUUAUGGUUUGAUUUCUGAUUAAAGUAUGGUAAACAUAUCUACACUUCUAAAUUCUGGACUUCACAUUAAAAUGCAGUAAACUCUUAAGUGGAAUACGCUCUCUAAUAAAAUGGGUUCAUUACCAAAACCACAAAACAAACCUAAAUGGUAGAAGUUAAAACAUAGUCUGUUACAAUUUUCUAACUCGUAUAAUAGGUUGAUUUUACAGAGUAAUGUGUUUUUAAUAUCAUGUUAAUGUGGACCCUCUUCUAAAAAUUUUUUUUUUUUUUUUUUUUAAAUUCCAGCACUAAUUUUAACAUUGGAAGCCUAUGGGCAUGGCUCUCAAAAUCUUCUGCAUUUGAGUUUAUGGCACAUUUAGUUUUGCUGUACCCUCUUGUUUAUAUAGCUUCAAAACUGUCACUAUGUUAAAUAUAAGAAUAUAUACACAAAGCAACCAAUCUUUGAAGAGUCCAGAUGUCAGUUUACUGUGGCCUGCUCAUGAGACCAGUAAUGAAAGUGCCGAUAUGUGAUAUAUUGAAAAACUGUAUUUGAAAGAACCACAAAAUAUUUUUCAGAAGCUGGCUGCCUCUUUCAUGUUUUAUCUCCUUAAAGGGACACACUAGGCACAAUAAUCACUGUAUCUCAUUCAAUUGGUUGUGAUGUCUAGUGUCAUCGUACUGUUCUGUGUUUAAACCGUUUUCCAAAGUAUACCAUGUGAGUGAGGAAACUUGUGGCUUUGCCCUCUGCUGCAGUUGUUACUAAGGGAGCAGGCAGUCUCAGGCUGUUACUGACGUUCAUUGCUGCUUAGGCUAGUGCAGAAGCUUUAGCCCAGGGACCUUCACUCAAUUUUAAUCUGUUCAAAAUAGAACCAUUACCUGUCAGGGGACUCUAUGCAUGAUUACCACUUCAAUGAAAUGAAUAUAGUGCCAGGAAAACAAACUCAUUCCCCUUCUGUCAAGGCCCACCCCUGUGGUGCAGAAGGGGUUAAUCACCCCCUUCUGUCACUUACUUGGGUCCAGAGCCUGGCUAAGCUUCGUCCAUGCUCCUCUCCGGCGGGGGAGACCUAAUGUGCGGCAAUGACCGCACUCACUUUAGGAUCUUCCCAUAGCAAAGCAUUAUUCAGUGCUUUCCUAUGGGGAUUCCAGCAACGCCGGAUGCUAGACACCCACUAGAGGAGGACUUAACCCUGCAAGGUAAUUAUUGCAGUUUAUAAAAACUGCAAUAAUUACAUGUGAAGGAAGUUGGCACCCAGACCACUUCAGUGGGCUGAAGUGGUCUGGGGUGCCUACAGUGUCCCUUUAAAAUAAAAUUCCCACAACUUUUCCUAAAACAUUGUGUUUUUGUCACAAGUUAGCAGUCAUGUUAAAAUGUUACAUAUGCUUCACAUCACCAGGAGUACACAUUAAAUUGAGUGCAGUCUUUCCAAGUUUUUCAGGUAGUCAUUGUAGAGUUUGAAAAUGCAUGGCUGUAGUUGUAACCAGGAGUUAUAGAUUCCACUUUCUUGCUUUUUCAAGUUUCUCAACACAUAAUGUUGCAACAUAACUUCUUAUACAUAAAGCUGAAAAAAAAUAAUGAAUAAAACAUGUCCAAUUCCAUUUUCUUUUUAAAGUUGAUCUCAUAGUACCCUAAGCAGUUUCAGCCACCACGGUUAUGUUUUUCAUAAAAAAAAAAUUAGGAUUUCCAAAAUAAAAAUAAAUAAGAGCAGCCUAUUUACUAUUAAAACUGCCUGCUGGGAUAUAAUCUUGGUAAAACCUGUAGGUAUAAAAAUAAUGUAUUAUGACAAAUCUUACUAUUGAUCAUUUUGUUAGGUAUUUUUGUACCUUUUUAGACAAAUAAAAAUAUGCCUCAUUCUUCAUGUCUGCAUAGUACACAAUGUAUUUUUUGUUAACCAUUUACAUUACCACAAGUAUUUAUUAAACCACCUAAAGUAGCAAUCUUUUUUUCAGAAACUGCAUUCCUGGAAUUAAAGAAUGUAGUAAAGUACUAGUGCUUGUUGAUAAAACAAUAUAAGCUUUUAGGAAGGCAUUGUGUAUGUGUGAAAGCGAACAGUAUACUUUUAAUUUGCAGUUUGAAGUAAAAUUUCAGCCACAUUUGAAAUCCUUAACAGUUUAACUUUUUUUUUUGUCAUACUAGUGUUUUGCAUGUUGCCCCAAACAUGGUUAAUUUUCGGCCAACCCACUGGUUAUCUCUUGAUCAUGCCACUGGUGGGUGUUUUGCACAAUGUGUGUCUGAGAAGAAUCUUAACAGAUUCAAACUUUGCGCACUCAGGGAUAUGUGCAUGGUGUGACACUGAUGCUCACAUUUUGCAAGCAACUGCCAUUGAUAAUCACUUGAAUUCUGUUCUAUGGCAGGUUUCCAGAGAGAGCUUAGAAUAUGUGAACAUCUUUAAGAUCGUAAAAAACAAUAUAUUUAGCAAAAUUUAGAACCAUGGUAUUUUCUUUAUUCCAGAAGUGGUGACUGGUUCACCUUAAAUAUGCAGAGAUACCCGUUCCCCAAGUAGACAAAAAUAUAUCUAUCUACUUGGGAUCAGGUGUAUAUAUAUAUAUAUAUAUAUAUAUAUAUAUAUAUAUAUAUAUAUUUUAUUUUAUUUUUUUUCUUCCCAUACACCUUCCCAAAUAUUUCUUCACACUUAGACUUUACUUCAUAGUGUCCUUGUCCUGGAGUAUCAUAGGGAGGAAUAAUGUUCCUGCCACAGAAACCAAAUCUCUUCCACCCUUUUUGUAAUUGAAAACUAAUCAAUUUUUAUGUAAAAGCACGACUGGUGUAAAAUGGAUAUGCAUUUUUUUUUUUUUUUUUUUUUUUUUUUUUUUUUUUUUUUUUUUUUUUUUUUUUUUUUUUUUUUUACAAAGUGCACCAGAUUAUAUUGACUCUUCUGGAAGCGCAUGGUGACAGAAUUAGUACAAGCCCCAGUCGGUGACAAGGCAACUGACUUCCUGCUACAUGGAGAUAUUUCACAUAAUGACUGUUAUACUGUUGUAGGAAGAAAGUGAAUAUCCCAUUAGGUGUGCACAAUGCUGCAGAUUAGUAUAUGAUUGCGUGCGGUCGAAUUACCGUAUUAAAAAAAUUCAUGCUAUCAUCUCUCAAUACUUUUUUUUUUUUCUAUUUUAUUUUAUUUUCCUUAGGCCUCUUAUCCAUCUAAAGUGUCAAAGUAAUUUGGUACAGGUUAACGAUUUUAAUAUUUCUAAUUGCAAACUUGGUCAGGUUAUAUUAAACUUUAUUCUAUACUUAAAUAUAUAUAUAUAUCUUUCUUUCUGGCAUUUGGGAUUACAUUGGACAUGCCUUCAAUGUAUAGAUGUGUAGUAGAAAUUAUGAUUUUAUGCAGCAAUAGUAUUUGUUCAGUUGCUGGUGGUUUUUAAAGGAAUAUUCUACUUAUUAAAAUUACUAAAUUAUAUCCCACCUUUUGGUGUUCUUUUUCACCCAGCAUACAGAUAAUCUGGUUUGCCUGCACGUGACAGAAUUUAAUUUUUUUGUUUUGUUUUUGAUCCGUAACUCUGUAUGUUUUAAAACUCUAAUUACAGGAAAACUCCAGUUGUUUUACACAGUUGUGCCUCUGCAUCACUAUGCCUCUUGUGAGAACUGUGGUGACCCAGUCUUGUAUAAAUGAAUCUUAUGUAUGCAAUUAAAAAUUAGAUAUCCCAUAUACUGUAUACAAUUACGGCAAAGCAAAAGCAGUCCUUACAGAGCUGGAAAAUAAACUGUUCAAAUCCAA